AUGUCUGGAGUAAGAGAGAUUGGAAUGGGGUUAGAAAAUAUCAUAAGUGAUAAUUAUUUGGAGUGUUAUAAUAAUAAAACGUUUCAAAAGGCUGAGAGAUUUAAUCGUUCAGAUUAUAUAUUAACAGCUUCAGGCAAUAAGGUAAGUAAAGAUUCAAUAUUAUAUGGAAUGAGAAAUAUUCAUAUGUUAGGAAAAUCAAUAAUAAAAAAUAGAGCAGUAUUACGUGGAGAUUUGAAUAGUUUAUAUAUUGGUAAAUAUGUUAUUAUAGGAUGUGAUACAUUAAUAUGUCCUUGUUUUAUAAAUAAAAUGAAUAAAUCAAAUGAGAUAAGUGAUAACAAUAAUAAUAAUAAUAAUAGUAAUAAUAAUAAAAUGGAAGGUGAGAAAUCUGAAUCUAGUUCUUAUAUUACUAUAACUAUUGGUAAUUAUGUAUAUAUUGGUAAUAAGUGUAUAAUAAAAGCAAAAUAUAUUGGAAAUAAUGUCUAUAUAGGUAAUAAUUCUAUAAUUGGAGAAAGAGUAAUAAUAAAAGAUAAUGUAAUAAUAAAACAAAAUACAGUCAUACCUAAUGAUACUAUUAUAUCACCUUUCUCAAAAUAUUCUGGAUCUCCUUCUAAGUUUAUAAAAAAUCUACCAGAUUCUUCUGAAAUAUAUUUAAAGGAUAUUUCUUAUUUCUACUAUACAAAUUUUUUACCAAAUCUGGAAAAUGCAUAA